AUGGCACAACCACAAGUUCACGAUACACCUUCCAAGUCGCAGCUUGAACAGGUCGCUCAAGCAGUCAGAGACCUACUCCAUCAACCGGAGUACGAUGACGGCUCAGCUGGACCAGUACUUGUUCGAUUAGCAUGGCACUCCGCAGGCACAUACUGUAGUGCCACCAACACCGGCGGCUCCAAUGGCGCGGGCAUGCGUUACGAGAAAGAAGGUGGCGACGAAGCCAAUGCUGGUCUGCAACACGCGAGAGCCUUCCUCGAGCCUAUCAAGAAGCGAUUUCCAUUCAUAACGUAUGCGGAUCUGUGGACACUGGCAGCUGUAGUAGCAGUAAAAGAAAUGGGUGGACCAUCAAUCAAGUGGCGCGGAGGCAGAACAGAUUUUACAGACGACAACAAAGUUCCACCACGAGGCAGACUCCCUGACGGCUCGAAGGGUGCAGACCAUCUACGACAUAUUUUCUAUAGAAUGGGCUUCAAUGAUCAGGAGAUUGUUGCUUUGUCCGGUGCCCACAAUCUCGGACGAUGUCACAGCGACCGAUCAGGUUUCGAGGGCAAAUGGGUCAACAACCCCACCAGAUUCUCAAAUACCUACUACAAGAUGCUCCUAGUCAAUGAUUGGAAGAGGAAGAAACUAGACAAUGGAAAGGAACAAUUCGUCUAUGUUGACGAGGAUCUUGCGGAAGAGAACGAGGAUGGUGAAGCUAGCGAAGAACCUGAAGAGCUCAUGAUGCUGCCAACCGAUAUCGCGCUCAUUCAAGACCUGUCGUUCAGACCCUGGGUCGAACUGUACGCCGAGCAUAAAGACAUCUUCUUCGAUCACUUUUCGAAGGUGUUUGCUAAGCUACUUGAGCUGGGCAUCAGAAGAGACAAGAAUGGCAAUAUCGUCAAUGAAGAGAAUCAGCAUGAUGGCUACAAGAGUGCACCUAAGAAGAGUGAUGCAGCCACUGCAGCUGAGAAGGAUCAGAACAAAGGUCAAGUUGGUCAUGAAGCUAAGCCACUCAAGGACGAUAAUGAGAAGAUGAGGAGACGGAGACAGGGUGCAAAGUUGUGA